AACAGGUAAGGCUGCACUACAAAGACUUGUCUGCAUUAUGUAAUAAACUCAACACCAGCAUUAAGAUAAGAUAAGAUAAGAUAAGAUAAGAUAAGAUAGACUUUAUUGAUCUCACAAAGGAGACAUUUACCGUUACAGGGCUCUUAGAAACAAAAAACAGAGGAGUGCAAAAGUCACGAAAGUGCAAGAACAGAUUGCACAAUGACCAUGAAGUUCUCUUAAAAAGUCUCAACAACUGUACCAUCAAAAACUUCUCUGUGUACAUUAGGUGUCCCAAAAAUUUCAAACCAUGCCGCAUUUCUAAACAUUAUCUUUCCACUCCUAUCAAAACACCUUCCCUGCUCUCCCUAACUAGUACAACGAUGUAUUACACUUUGAAACUUUUCCUUCAAACAGGAGAUACAGUGGCAAAAUCUUUGAAUGUACUGAGGCAUCGUGACUUUGCAACUCCUGUGAAAAUGAGUAUUAGACAGCAGCUAUCUAAUAUCAAGUAAAUAUUGCACAACUUCCUUGUAUCAGGUUACGGCACAUACUGCAUGAAUCCCAUGCAUCUGUUUAAUUUAAUACAACAACACAAAAGAGUACACAGGAUGUACCUCUAGUCAUUAUCCUCUAACCUAAAGUUUUAUGGUAACAAACAAGAUUACUGAUCUGUUGUAUAUUUUACCUGUUUAUAUGGUUUGGGCCUACAGCUUGUUUGUGAAGCAGCUCCCUCCUUGCUAUCAUUUAGGAUAUUUCUCUUUUUUUAGGAUAUUUCUCAAUGAUAAAGGCUUCAAUCUAGGUUUUGUAUUUCCCCAAUAAAAUUAAUUGUAUUUAAGAAGUUACAUCUGUUGUUUCAAGCUGAUUUUUCUCUUCAUUUCCCGCAUUUUUAAUGCGCCAAAACUAUUAGCUCGAAACAUAACAUACAGAUGAGCGUCUUUUGGUUUCUAUGACUACAAUUCUGUUCCCGCGAGAUUUUGUUCUAGCUCCCUGGAGGGACGUUGCUAUGGGUACAGGAGCGUCGCUGUCGGUGAGGAAGUUGUUUCUUCACCUCCAGUACAAAACAAUGCGGUAAUUAGUGACUAAUUUGUUUACAAGUGCGGUACUUGGGUAAACGGCAGAUAAUGGAGCAUGAUGAUCAGCUGGAGGACUUGCGGCGUCAGUUCCAAGCACUGCAAAAACAACAGGAGAAAAGGAAACUAGACAGGAAAAAAGAGAAAGAACCAGGUAGGCCUAUUCUCAGUGGUGUCCAGGACAGUUUGGAUCUAUCUACGCAAAGUGCUCAGGCAGACGGUCCCAACGACAGGCUGUUGCAGAGUGAGAAUCAGGCAUUGCUGGACCAGCUGAGAGAGCUAAAGGAUGAAAACGGUCGGCUCUUCAAACUUCUGAGUGAAAAAGAUUUUGAAAUUAAACACCUGAAGAAGAAACGACAAGAAGAAAGACUGGCUUUAGCAGACACAUCGGGGUUGGCAGGAGCUGCAGCUGCCACCAAGAUUGUUGAGCUGUCCAAGAAGAACAGACAGCUCUGUGCUGAAAUUGAGCAAGAAAAGAUUAAAACCAAGCAAAAUAGCAACAGAAUCAAAGAGCUGGAGAAAGAGCUGCAGGCUGCUUUGGUACAUUCACCACCUGGGCAAAAAACUGACAUAAAGUCACUGGAUAAGAGCUUAUCUGAAGGCUGUGAGCAGGAAAGUCCAUUGGUCAAAUCUCUGCAGGAAAAAUUAGCAGCUGCCCAGCUGAAAGUGACCGAGUAUCGCAACCAGGUUCAGUCUGCCAAACAGGAGUUGAAAGUAGCCCAGAAGGUUUUGGUCAGUGAGAUUGGAGAGGAGGUCAACCUUCAGCAGUUACUCAGCUGCCCUGGGAACUUCAGAGGUCGCUCACAGCAGAUACUGGCUCUUCAGACAAGGGUGCGGGACCUUGAACAGCAGCUGAACCAGUCAACUCAGCAGAGACAGUCAACUGUCCAGAGUCUAGAGGACGAAUUUCUGGGCACAGGUGUCCCUCAGAAAACCUCUCCUCAAGACAGGAACUUCAGCUACAUCCGCACCAUCGAGAAGGAGAAGAGGGAAACCUUUGAGCGGAUCUCAGCAGACUAUGAGGCCCUCUUGAAAGAACAUGAGGAUGUAAAGAAAAAGCUGGAAGCCUCCAAAGCCAGAAGCAGUUCUCUAUCCUUUGAAAUGAAAACUUUGAAGGGCCAGAUCUCCAUCCUACUAGACAAGGGCAAACACGAUGAUGAGCUUGUGGAAGCUCUGUUGAAACAGCAGACUCAGAUGCAGAAGAUGCUGAUGCAGCUCAGCCAACAGCAGAACGUACAGAACAAGAAAACACAGAGACAGCAGGUGAACAGCGAGGCUUCAGAGCAGAAUACUGUCAUCCAGAAGCUUCAGAAGAUGGUUGCUGAGAAAGACGCCCAGAUCAAAGAACUACAGGAAAGCCAGCAACUCUCUGAAAAGGUAGUGAAGGAAGACGAUGGGGACGUACAGCGCAGCAAGACAACAAGUUGCAAUUCAGGAUUUUCUCCUGAAGAGGGAGACAUUAGCAAAGGAUUCGCAUCUUCGGGCCAGAGAGAAAGAGCUAAACCUGAUGCAUUUGGAUGCAGAGCAGGAGGCAGUGAUGCUUGAGCUGUAGUCGGAGAGGACAAAAUUAGAUUCAAAGUACGGACUGCGCAUUCAGCAUGCGCUCAUCAAAUUCCCCCUUAUCCGUCUGUCUCGUGGCUACACUCCGUCCCUCAUGAGCCGUGUCCUUCAGCACCAGGAGUUUUGGAUUCUGAGCAGCAGGAUAAUAAACUGUCCAACAAUCCAGAUGGCAGUUGUAAAUAUUUCUCGUUUAUAACUUUGACAGCACUGGAGAUAUCUUGAACCGGCUCUGAAAUCAUCCAAUUUUUUGCUUUUCCAUGUAUAAAAUUUAACCAGGCGACAGAGAUACUGAUGUGCAGCUCUGGACACGCUGCCUCAGACAGCACUCGUUCAGCCCGUCAUGUUUGGGCUGCACAGUGAUGUUCAUGUUACUCUCGUAUGUUGUCUCCUGGCUGGUCAUUCAAGGAAAUGGGGGCGCUGAGGGCAUCCCUAAAGAGCACUCUCCACCAUGGCCCUCAGCUCUGCAGUGACGUGAUGAGGCAAGUCAAGCAUGUGUUCCUGCAGGCUCUGUGACAUCACAGACAAGACAUUAACCAGGGGAAGUGGCUGGUCCCUGUUCAACCUCACUUCCAGCUGAGCCUACCUUCUCCUGUCACAUGUGACAAACAGCAGCCUGCAGGAAACAAGCUCUCCUCCUCUGCCAUACAGACAUCAUGUGGAUGUCUGACGUCCCCUCCAUUAAUGCCCUUAAAGACUGUUUGUGGUGGUGCCUAUGUGGAGUUGAGUAACCUCAGUUUAACAAGUUCAGCACCUUGAGUAGCACAGCUUUCAACUUAACCCUGAUGGCAUCAGACAAGGGUUCCUGGUGACUGCAGACAUGUUUAAUGCUGAUAGGAUGUUUCCCUGUGGUUUCAUAUCUUGUCUGCUUGCUGUUUUGUAAAUGUCACCGCCACAUUUUAUGGAAUAAAUGCAUGUUUUUUCUUCCAUGGUAAAUGCGUUAUAGAUAUAGAAACCGUAAUGUCUGUUUUUGAAGUAUAUAUUUUUAUAAGCUGAGAAACAUCCAAUUUGAUCAGUGAAAGGAAACCAAAAUCUUCACCAAAUGUUUUGGAUGCAUUGUUUACCUUCAUGGCUAUGACUUUCCUAGAUUUUUCCCCUUUUUUGGCUCCAUUUGCUUGUACAUAAACACUUGACAGGCCAGUCUAAAUAGUAAUCAUCUCAGUUAAGUUCCCAAAAGUUUAAUAUUCCUGUUAAAUAUUACCACUAAUUAUUUCUGACUUGAAACCAGCUGUGUGGGAAUAGCGGUUGCAAAUAAAUGCAGAUUCAAGCUGCACAAACUCCCACUGUAGAGGUAUAAUACAUUCCCCAGAGCGUGUCUCACAUGUACAGCAUGUGAUCUCCGACUCUUCGUCCAAAAGGUUGUCUGGGUCUGCGCAGCCUAGUGGGAGUGGUCCCUAUAUUCAUGCUAACAUUAUACUAACAUCCGAGUUAUUUUCUUCCGAUGUAGCCAAAAGGGUUUCAGCACAAACCCCCUCCCUCUACUCCCUCUCCACAUCACGCUUAAUUUAAAACCAUGGCUGAGUUAGUGUGCAGCUUCGAAUACCGCACUAUUUCUUCCAGGACCCUGUGGGAGAUUGGCAGGUCCCCAUUGGACUGAGCGCGAAAGUGCCACAAGACAAAAAUAUCAGAGUUUGGAUGUGAUGAAGAAAGCCUUUAUGCUCAGAGUAACAAAAAACAGCUUGUGUUGAAUACCUCCUGGAUAGAAGGUGAGGCACUCUUUAAUGCAGUAGAGUGAGAUGUGUCAUCGGAGGAGCAGAUAAACCUCCUGAUUAGAUGCAGGAUUUGGCAGAUAUGUAUCACUUGUAGUAAAGUGCAUCAGAAAGGGUGCUGAUGGAGCAAAUGCUUGUCAUUGUCCCGAACUGCAUCCGAUUCCUGGAAAAUGUUUCACUUAAAAACUUUGGUUGUUGUCUAAACUUGCUACUUCACUACUUUAUAUUCAGUCAGUGUUGGUGAAUAUGUAGAAUAUUUUACAUAAAGUGUAACUGCUUUUUUUUUUUACGACGUAGUAGUUAAUAGAAAUGAGGGAGGCACUGCCAACUUUUCAAAGAGCUUUGAAAUAAACCUCAUUACUGUUGCAUACUAAUGUUACUGUGUAAUUUCAGUUAAUCAAAUGUCAGAUUAAUACGACUACUUGUGUUGACUUAACUUAUUUAAGAGUGUCAUCACUUCCAAAUAAAUUACACUUCACCAAACAAUUUUAUUAUUGUUUUAUGUAGCUGUAUUACGCAGAAAGGUGUAGAUUUAUUCCAAAAUGCCCAAUAACCCACCAAACCAAACACAAACUUAUGUAAACACAGCAUACGUAAACAGCCUCACCUAUUUGUCAUUCCAGGUUUGAAUGACUCCUUUCUCCAUCCUUCUCCUCAGAGGUAUUCCCUCGUUCUGGACCAAUGCUUCCUGCAGACCAUUGACUGCAUCCAGAAACUAAAGUAAAUAGAGGAGCUGUGAACGCAGAGGUUAAAGUUAGCCAUCAGUAUAUGAGGGAUCUGUGAACUUUACUCAGGCCAGAAAACGGUUUGUGCCUCUAUGAGUCCAUUCAUCUCUUGGUUGCCCCUCAUUUACAUGUAAUGGAAAGAAAAUAAACACCAGAGUCCUAAUGUGCUCAUUUACAGUAAGUAGAAAUAAAGUAAUGACUUGUUAUCUUACCAAGACAGCCGUGAAGCAAUGAUAAGCACUUAUUUUUGCAAGUGCUAUGAUCAAAGUCUACAGGAUGUGUUAAAUUGCUGUUGGAGCUGUUGUCACAAAUCAAAUGUGGAGGGGUUCACUACAGUCACCCACAAUCCAGACAGAGGAGCUGAAGAGACAAGCUCUGUCAACACAUUAUCUGAACUGGAUUCUCCUUUAAGCCUCUUGGUCUCUCAUUUCAGGCUUUUGAAGUUACUCAUCUUCAAAUCUUGUUUUGCUUACAGUUCCCCAGUGUAGUGCAGUGAGUCGGUACUGUAUCCUCUCUUCAGUAAUUUUGUUCAUUUCCAAAACUUUAAAUACUAGUAGCAUCACUAGAUGGCAGUGUGGUUAGUCUAGCUCUGUGUGUCAACCACUGUCGAUGUGUUUUUCCGACAGCAACUUGCAAUUAUGUGAUCCAAAGACAAACAUUUCAGUUUAAUGUAUACUUCAUUUUUGGUGCACUGCAAACAUCAUUUCAGUGCAUCAUCAGUUUGUAUAGCACUGUUUAACUGUUAUUAUCAUGAGUCAGUUGUUUCAUGGUGAUUUUCUUGUUUGUGGAAUAAAUACAGUACCGUUCAAAAGUUUGGGGUCACUUAGAAACAUGUCAUUGACACUAUGAUAACGCCCAAAAUGUAUAUGAUAAAUAGCAAACGGAAGCUUCAAGUUAAGCUAUACAAAAACGCAAAAACAUCAGAAGCCUCUUUUUGAUUAACAUUUUGCUUUAAUUACUGUUUCACUAUGAUAGUAAGCAUAUACACUAUCAUUAAAGAGUUUGGCGUCAGUUAGAAAUGUCCUUAUUUUUGAAAGAAAAGCAUUCUUUCAAUUAAGAUAACAUUAAAUUAAUCAGAAAUGCAGUCUAGACAUUGUUAAUGUGGUAAAUGACUGUUCUAGCUGGAAGUGGCUGAUUUUUAAUGGAAUAUCUCCACAGGGGUACAGAGGAACAUUUCCAGCAACCAUCACUCCUGUGUUCUAAUGCUACAUUGUGUUAGUUAAUGGUGUUGGAAGGCUAAUUGAUGAUUAGAAAACCCUUGUGCAGUUAUGUUAGCACAUGAAUCAAAGUGUGAGUUUCCAUGGAAAACAUGAAAUGGCCUGGGUGACUCCAAGCUUUUGAACAGUAGUCUAAAUACAAUACUGAUACAGAAGCAUGUUUUAGUCUCCUUUGACAAAAAGAAUUAAAAAAAAAAAAAAGAAUGUACAUUACAGCUUAACAUACCAGCUGCAUUUUUGAUAUAGAAAGACUCUGUAGGACAGCAGCGCAAAAGCACCGAGUGCAAACUGACACUAAAACAAACUAACUGAGCUAUGGAGACAGCAUUGCUCGGAAAACUGGAAUGUUUUGACAAGCUGCAGCUCAUCACACUCUGCCCUGCAUUCUCUGCCGCUAAAAGCUGCCUCCCUCCUCCAAUCACUGCAGUAACCUGGCCAUCACUCUCGACUUGUGACUCUUUCUUGUCUUAUCGUCUCAUCCCCGCAACAAUUUUCUCACUCUAAAUUGAAUUGCUUGCCACAUUCUGUCAAACUUAAGAGCAAUCAAUUUCUUCAGGAAACAAUCCACCUUGCUUCCAACUGCCGCGUCCGUGUUGAUUUUUUGUUUUAUUUCGGUAUCUAGAGCUCUCCUCACAAUGUUGCAUUUUAUUCUGCCUCCAAACCCUCUACUGUCAGAGAAGAAAGGCAUGCAGUGUCUUGAAAUAUGUGUUACUAAUCUAAGAUACUGUAAUGUGAUAAUGUACUGGAGUUGGAAGUUUGAAUCAUUGGUUGUGUCAUGUGCAGAUAUCCUUAGUAUUCCACCCUGCAGCUACGUAAAGCCUCUGCUGCUGACUUUAGCUGCGAGGCAGGAGCAGCAGUGAUGUGAGAGGGCAGUCCCUUAACACAUGAAAUUGUUUAGCAAAUGCCUUAACACAUGCUGACACUAUGACAUUGACAUUAUGCUCACGAAUAUGAUGACGAUCAAAGAGAUCAGCAGCCCCUGAUAACAGGCUGCUGUUUAUGUAGUUUUACUUUUAUUUGUUCGCAGUAGAGAGAGGCAGAGAUAAUUGGGAGAGACAAUGACACACCAGCUGAGACACAAAGAGACCAAGGAAGAUGUUUAUUGCUCAGAGAAAUACUAUAUUUAUGAAUAUCAAUGUAUGAUUAUUUGUUUUGAUGCAGCAGUCACAAACACUGAUUAGUAAUUAAUGCAUCCUCACUGUGUCUGUGCAAGUUCACGUGCUACAGCUUUAUGUAGUGGGUCAUGUAAAGGCAGAAUAGAGACAAAACAAGAUGCUCUGUGAUUCCAUUCAAUUCAAAAAUGUGCAUAUGUUUUGCUUGUGUUGUAUAUCUCUUAUGUGCCUGGUUCCUGGCAUAAAGGAAAUAUACACUGUAUUUCAGUUUUUACAGCAGGAACAUCUUUGAAAAAUAUAGCACAGUUCCAGACUCCACCGCCUUUCUUGUCCUCUAACCCCUUGAUACCAGGCAUUAAUGGUCCCAGCUGUGUUUAUUCUAUUACAUAGGAUUUAGCUCAGCAAAUAGGAUAGAAAUGUCAAACAUUCAGCUUGUCCCCUUUUGACUCUCAGUGUUACAAUCAGACUAGUCAUCUGACCUUCUGUGUUUAAGGCCUGGAGUUGCAACAUGUCGAUCUUGACCCAAUUUUAACUCACACAAAAUACAGCACAGGACAAGAUAGUUAUAGUAGUAUGGGGGAAAAGAUUCUGAAAAAAAAGCACAUCUGUUCAACACAUGUGAUUUCAUUUAAUAUUAGACAGAGAUAACAAACAAAAUAAAAAAUGCAGUUUUUAAAUGAUGAUUCAUUAAAGAAUUAUUGAAAACCUAUAUUACCCCUGUGAAAAAGUAAUUGCCCCCUUGAACCUAAUAACUGGUUGAUCUACCCUUGGCUACAACAACUGCAAUCAAAUGUUAGCAUGUCAUCAAUCUUUUACACGGCCAUUGAGAAAUUGUGACCCACUCUUCUCUGCAGAAUAGUUUUAAUUCAGCCACAUUAGAUGGUUUUUGAGCAUGAACGACUCUUUUAAAAUCUUUCCACACCAUCUCAGUUGGAUUCAAGUCUGAACUUUGACUCAGUCACUUCAAAACCUUCAUUUUAUUCUUUUUGAGCCACUCAGAGGUGGACUUGCUUGUGUGCUUUGCGUCAUUGUCAUGCUGCAUAAUCCAUUUGUGCUUGAGUUUUAGCUCAUGAACUGAUGCUGGAUAUUCUCCAGGGGGAUUUUCUGAUAUAGAGCAGAAUUCAUGGCUCCAUCAGUUAUGACAAGUCGUCCAGGUCCUCAAACCAUCACAUUACCGCCACCAUGUUUCACUGUUGGUUUGAUGUUCUUCUUGUUCAAUGCAGUAUUAGCUUUAUGUAACAGGACCCAUGUCUUCCAAAAAGUUCCACCUUUGACUCAUCAGUGCACAGGUUGUUAUCCCAAAGUCGUAGGCCUCAUCCAGAUAUUUGUUUUGCAAAUGACAUACAAACUUUUAUGUUAUUUUUGGUCAGUUGUGGUUUCUGGAUCCAUUUUUUGUCAAUGUCUUCCUUACUCUGGAAUCAUGUUCACUGACUUUAAUUGAGGCCAGUGAGGUCUGCUGUUCUUUUGAUGUUUGUGUUCUUUUGUGGCCUCCUGGAUUAGAUAUUGUUGUGCUCUUGGAGAAAUGUUGGUAGACCAGCCACACCUGAGAAGGUUCACCACUGUUCUAUGGUUUCUUUAGUACCAGUCAUGUAAUGUAAGGCUGUUGUUUCCUAGACACUCCGGCGCUUUUGAAUUUUAGUCAUAAUGGUGCACUAAGGUGGUUAGCACUUUCGCCUUUCAGCAAAAAGAUCCCCGGUUCGCAUCCUUCCCAGGGUCUUUCUGCAUGGAGUUUGCUUGUUCUGUCUGUGCAUGUGUGGGUUUUCUCCAGGUACUCCGGCUUCCAUCCACAGUCCAAAAGCAUGCUGAGGUUAAUUGGUAACUCUAAAUUGUCCGUAGGUGUGACUGCGAGUAUGAUUGUUUGUCUCUAUGUGUAGGCCUGUGCUAGACUGAUGACCUGUCCAGAGUGUUCCCUGCCUUCACCGUAAGUCAGCUGGGAUAGACUCCAGCCCCCCGCGACAUUUGUCCCAUACCAAAGUACAUUUGACAUAUGUACAUUGUAUGGAGGUCAUUAAAUGUCACAGAAAACUUUAUCUUGUCAUGGGGCCUCUCCACUAGCUAAACUCCAACGGUACUCUCUGCAUGACAGCACAGAACUAUCAACAGUAAAAGGCAAUAGUGCAACCAGGUCCAAAGGCUAAUCUAUAGUACUUCAAGUGUGUAUUAUGGGACUGGGUAUUGGCAGGCUUUUAAAAAAAAUAUCGAAUAAUAUAUGUAAUAAAUAUUAGAUGACUGUGCAUUUUAUUUUUUAUUUCAAACACACUUUUAGACACUCUGUAUGCCUCCUUUGGUCCUCUUGGCAAAUGCUCUUCUGGAAAAGGCAUAAAAAUCAGUUUUCUGCAGUUCUUUUCCAUUUUUAUUUAUGUAUUAAUUUAAUUUUUUUUUGCAUUUUUGAUCAUGGAAAAUGAUCCGUCCCAUCCGUACAAACCAUAGUAGUGACCCAUUUUAUUUUUUAUCAUUAAAAGAUAAUAAAUACACAAAGCAAUUGAAAGGGAAUUGAAAGGGAAUAGGAUGAGAUAAAAACAUUUACUUUCAUUACUGAUCUUCAUGCUACUUUUAUAAAAUGAUGAAUGUGAAUAAAUUGUAUUUCUGUGAUCUGUGUUUGAUUUCUGUCUUUUCUCCUGUCAUCCAGAUGUUCAGAGGGAGCUGAUGCCACAUCUGGUCCAGCAGUUGGAAGGUCUUGAAGUUCUCUGACUGAAGAUGGUCCUCUCACUGGAUUUAAGGUUCAGAUGCUCAGGAACAAACUCCACCAAUGAGUCAACAGGGAAGCUUUAGGUUUAUUAAAUGUUGCUAUGAAGCAUGAAGACUAAACUCUCCACAAGGACCCAAAAUAAGUUGGACUUCUACAUGAGAGCUUUAGUUAUUCUUCAUCUACUUCCUGAAAAUUUUGGUCAAUAAAAAAGACAAAAACUAAUAUUUUCAGCUGAACUAAAGACAGACUGCUCACAUGUUGUGUUGUUGUAAACUUACUCUUUCAAAUAAACAGCCUCCUGUUGGAGAUUAGCCCUUUAACUGAUGUUCUCAUAUUUGUGAAAUUUAAGUUGUGAUGGAACUGUUUCCUUGCAGAGGAAAAAGAAAUGAUAGUGUUGUUAGAAAGUGCAACACCUUUUAUUGUAUUUUUUUAUUUUUUAAAUUUAAUAUUUUUAUUUCUUCUUUUAUUUCAUUUUUAAGGUUUGGAUAUCCUUGAACACUUAUUUGAACAGAAUAUAGAUUCUGAUAUUGCUGUAAAGAAUAAUGUUGGAGAUGUGCACUCAUGGUGAAAUAAAUCCGCAUUGUGAAGCAACCCUUA